AUGAUUGUUCUUCAUCAUUUGUCGGACUCACGUUCUUCGAGAAUUAUUUGGAUGCUGGAGGAGUUGAAAGUUCCAUACGAGCUGAAGCGUUACGAUCGUGUGGAAGGCCGCUCUCCUCCUGAAUUCUAUAAUUUAUCUCCUAUAGGAAAAAGUCCUGUGCUUGUCGAUGAUGGAAAAUCCUAUAUCGAAAGUGGUGCUGUCGUUGAACAUUUAGUUCGAAAGUAUGGGAGAGAGUUGAAACCCUCCGAAAACGAUUUGCCUCAAUUAGAAAAGUACGAUUUUUGGACGCAUUAUUCUGAAGGCUCUUUAAUGAUGCUCGUUGUCGGUCUGUUUGUUAAUAACAAAGCUGUCGAUAUGUCGCCUUUUGUUAGCCGCUUUUUGGUUCGAAAAAUAACCAAUACGAUAAACGAUCACUAUUAUCUAAAAGAAUUAUACCUUAACCUUGACCAUAUUGAUGAUCACCUUACCACUAGCAAGUAUUUCGCCGGCGAUUACUUUACUGCGGCCGACGUACAAAUGAGUUAUCCUCUUCUUUGUCUUCAGCCGACAAUUUUGAACACGAGACCAUAUCCAAAUAUCAAGCGUUGGCUGAAAGGUAUCAGCAGUCGUCCAGCUUUUAUAGCGGCAUCAGAAAAGUCAAAUGACAAGUAUUUUCGACUUUUCAACGAAACGAAGUUUAGUAAGGAGGAAGACGAACCAGAAAUCUCAUCCUUUUCCAUUUCAGCUUGA